GAGAAAUCAAAUAUAACUGCUUUCUUAGUUUCAUUUAUUUUCUCGCCUUCUGAUUUUCUCUUCAAUCCAAUCCCUGCAUUUAUGCCGAAAAAGCAAAACCAUGCACCAGAAGACCGCUAAAUCCUCUCCUGCUUGCGCUGCGUGUAAAUACCACCGUAGGAAAUGCGAACCCAAUUGUCCUCUGGCUCCCUAUUUCCCCGCCCACCUCCACAACGAUUUCCUCCACGCCCACCGGUUGUUCGGCGUCAGCAACAUCGUCAAGAUGACGGCUAACCUCCAGCCCCACCAAAAGAAUAUUGCGAUGACUUCGAUCAUUUAUCAGGCCAAUGUUCGUGCCAUUGACCCUGUUGGAGGGUGUUACAGAAUCAUCUGCGACUUGCAGCGCCAGAUUGAUUUUGCUGCAGCCCAGCUCCAGAUGGUCCGCACCCAGAUUGCGUUUUCCAAAACCCAGCUCGCCAACCAGAUGAAUCCAGCGGACGGGGCUAACAGUGCACCGCAGUGGAUUACCAUUGACGGUUAUGAUGACGAUUUUGAACUCUACGACGCCGGUCUGCGGGCACUAGUGCCGACCGUGGAGUGUCAGCAGCAGGGGGUUCAUCAUUUCCAGGAACCAUUACGAGAGCAGGAACAAAAGGGGGUCGUUCCCAAGGCUGAACAAGUCUAUGAGGUGUUCGAUAGUCGGACUGUUAAGGCUGAGGCGGAUGAAUCUCCAUCUUUUUCUUCACAGUUGCGUGAGAAAAGGGGUUUUGCAGACGUAACCCAGAUUGUUGGUGGUUUCCAUGAGAGGGAGUUAAUGCAGAACGUUGAAAUGGAGAAAUCAACGGAGACCAUGAAGGUAAUGACUAGGUAAAGAAUUUUGUAGCAUGUGAGGUUAAUUACAUUCCAAUUCAAGGGAAAGAUCCCAAGACUUUUGUAGCAGAUGAAGUUCAAUUACUCCCCACCAUUAAAUUUAGUUCAAUUUCUUUUAUUGUGGCGAUUUUCACAUUUUUAUGGGAUGCUAAUUUGCUUUAAGUUGAAAAUAUCAACGUGCAAUUUGCAUAUUUGGCUCUUCCCAGAACAGUACUAAAACUAGCCAUAUAUGUACUAAAAGUUGUGAUUUGCAUCAUCAUUCUACCAUGCAGGAAUUCACAAACAAUAGGACCAUUGUCAUUGCUUCACAAUUGUUUCUUCUUCCACUAUACCACUGCUUAUGUAGAUAUGUAUGGUUCUGUUUCAGCAACAAAAUUGCGUCUUCAAAGAAGAUGUCUAGCCAGUCCAGCAGGAGCAAGAGAUUGACCUGAAAGAUGCUGCUUUACUUUUCAUUCUCAGAGAUGGAGCAGAGUAAGAAAAUUUUACAAGUAGUAACUUGUUUGGGUUUGUAUGUCUAUAGUACAGAGAUUAGAAGGUGGAGCAAAUUUGCAGUAAGGGACAAGGAUGAUGUAUGACAGAGCAGUUUAUUCAUAUUCCUAGUACCAUUAUUAUACCAUUUACAGAUGCUGUAUUUUCUGUUGGACACAAACAUCAAACACAAAGAUCAAGUAGAAAGGCAUCCAUGGCUUACACAACUGGUAAAGAAAAACAAGGAGGAAUAAUUGGUGUCCCUUUUCUCCCCUUUUUUGGGUUUAGAAGCUUAGAAUGAAGAAUCUGUCUUGCU